AUGAUGAGAGCAACAGAAUAUUUAGAGCAUUUGAGGAUCACAUUCCCAGAGUUGAUUGAACAAGUCCAGAUCAUUAAACAUUGUUAUGAUCAGAAACUUUAUCAUCAGUUGACUUCACAACUUGAGGACUUUGUUCUGCUGCCUCAGGUGGCCCAGAAGAAUGAACUGGUCAACCUGUACGAGCACUUUAUCAAGGAGUUUGAGUCUAAACUGAAGCCAUUGAGUUUGGUCCUUAUCUGUAUCACUAUAGCCUCUCAUCUUGAGAAUAAUGAAAGCGCAAGGAAGUUCCUCGAGCAGAUAUCAGAAAAGGUCAAGAAGGAUAAGAGUGGAUACAUCUUGUCAUUGGCCUUUAUUGCCUCCAAACAUCUUGAUGCCAAGCAGUUGCCAGAGGCAAAGCAGAUCCUCGAGACUGCCAAGGAUGAGCUCAAGGGUGUCACUGGCCUAGAGCAGACUGUCUACGCUUCAUUCUACCAAGUGAACGCUGAUUAUCACAAGAUAAUGGACCAACAGAGCGAGUUCUAUCAGAGCGCAUUGCUCUAUUUAUCGUACAGCAAGGAGAUACCAUUGCCACAACAGCAGACUCUUGCACUUGAUCUCUGUAUUGCUGCGCUGGUCAGUGAUAAUGUGUAUAGCUUUGGUGACUUGAUCGUCAACCCAGUGCUCAAGUCACUGGAGGGUACACCAUUCGCAUGGUUAAUACAACUUCUCAAGGUCUACAACGUUGGCAACAUCCAUCAAUACCAACAAUUGAUUGCCAAGAACCAAGAUGCCUUGACCAAGAUUCCAAAGCUUAACAACAAUAAGGAUCAACUGGCGCAAAAGAUAUCAAUUCUGUCUUUGAUUGAUCUUGCAUUUAGGACUCCUUCGGACAAGCGUUUGAUCUCGUUUGCAACGAUCGCACAGACUACUGAGCUGCAAUUGGGCGAGAUUGAGUUCUUGUUGAUGAAGGCAUUGUCACUCAAACUGAUCAGAGGCUUGAUCGACCAGAUUGACCAGACCAUCAUGAUCACCUGGGUGACACCACGUAUUCUGGACAUCAACCAAAUCGCCACGAUGAAGUCCAAGAUCCUCGAUUGGACCGACAAGACACAACAAUCCCUUCGUAUAUUGGAGACUGAGACAGUGGACCUUGUCGUU